AUGGUGAACCUUACGCCCGCAGCCAGCCUCACUUUGCUCUCUCUCCUGCUCCCCUCUGCCCUAGCAGCAGACGAUCUCCGCAACAGCAUCGUCGGCUGCAACGAUGUCUCCUGUCCGAAAGACGGUGCCGACGACCGCUGCACCAUUGACGAUCACACCUUCCUCGGCGUCGGGCUGGCCCGAAUUGCCGACGCCCCGUCCUCGCUCGAGGGCAUCUCGCUCGUGAAGGGCGUCAACGUCUCUGCCGGUGGUGCUGGCAGCGACAACGACAAGCCUACCCGUCCCUUUACCUCCGUCUACUACCUGGGAACACCGUCAGACGUCAAGACGAGCAACCUGUCCGGAUGCGCCGUGAUCUUCAACGAUCCGCCAUCGAGCAAAUUCGACGGCGCUGAUCUGGAAGGCAACACGCGCAACAAAACCGACACCCGUGCAUCGUACGGCACAUGCCCAGAUGUCGUUGACAAGAAGUGCAUCGACGCGCUGACCAAGCGGGCCAGCGAGGUCGCGGACAAUGCGGAUAGCAACCCGUGCUCUGCGCUGGAACGUGAGCUCAAGAAAGACAACAUUGAUGAUUGCAAGAACCUGGGUGGUGCGGGUAACGGCUUCGGUAACUUUACUGUUACUUCGUUCGGUGAUCUUAACACCGUCAGCAACUCCUCGGCCGACUGCUGGCCUAUUACCCCAAAGUCGGAUGGGCUGGCUGAGAUUGCGGUUGAGACUUCUCACUCAAACUACACCGCCGAAGCUCUCAUCGACGAAGCCUACAAGAUCACACCCGUCCUGACCGUCUUCGUGUCGGGCAACGGCAGCGCUGUCGACAAGACCUCCUCCCAGCUGACCUGUCUGAAAGUCGUGACAAAGGAAAAUGCCAGCGACUCCGACUCCGGAUCGUCCAGCUCUGCCCCAGCCCUAGAAAUCAGCAGCGGGGUGCGCACUGCAGGGAUGGCCGUUUUGCUGGGGGCCGUGCUCGCAGCGCUAUAA